ACUACUACUAUUACAACCAUGUCUGAUCAAAACAGUGAAACUAUGCCAAUUGAUCCUAAUGUUGAUCCCUAUGGCUGUUUAGGCAUGGUUCGUAAUUCUGAUGGUUCCAUCACACGUCUACAGGAACCUCUUGUCCCGGUAGACACAUCCAAUGAUCUUUCCCAUCUAGUCUUCACCAAAGAUAUUUCCAUUAACUCAUCAAAGAACACAUGGGCACGUAUUAUCCUCCCUCGUGAACUUCUCCAUUCCACCACCAAUACUCCUAAACUUCCUCUCGUGAUCUAUUUUCACGGGGGAGGAUUCAUAGUGGCAACUGUAGAUACCCCCAUCUUCCAAGGGCUGUACGCGUCCAUUGCUAGUGAAAUUCCAGCAGUUGUUGUGUCAAUUGAGUAUCGUCAAGCCCCCGAGCAUCGACUUCCAGCAGCAUACGACGAUUGCAUGGAGGCAUUACAUUGGAUCAAGACCAAACCCGACGAGUUGUUAUCCAACCAUGCUGAUUUCUCCAAAUGCUUUCUAAUGGGCACGAGUGCCGGAGGCAACGUGGUGUAUCACGUGGGCCUACGCGCCGCGGAGAGUUGGGACAACCUCAAGCCUUUGGAAAUCAAGGGGUUGAUAUUGAAUCAACCUUUCUUUGGUGGGAUUGAGAGGACACAAUCAGAAGUAAGAUUGGUUAAUGACAACAUGUUACCCCCUAUUAUAAGUGAUAUCAUGUGGGACCUAGGAUUGCCUGAAGGUGCUGAUCGCGAUCAUGAGUAUUCAAAUCCAAUGGUGGGGAUUGAAUCAAACCCGAACCUAUUUGAUCAAGUAAAAUUAUUAGGGUGGAAGAUGUUGGUGACUGGAUGUGAUGGCGAUCCUUUAAUUGACCGCCAAGUUGACUUAGUAAGGGUGUUGAAAGAAUUGGGCGUUCAAGUAGAGGGUAGUUUCACUCAAGGAGCAUAUCACGGGUCCGAGGUUGUAGAUCCUUUGAAAGCUAAAGAAUUUUCCUUGCUUGUAAAGGAACUUAUUAGUCACUUAUGAUAGCCGAUAAGGAAAUCUGUAACUACUAUGUAAUGAUGCAUAUUAAUUAUUAAUAUAAUAUCUUAAUUACCAAAAAAUAAAA